AUGGUAAGACAGAAGGAACAAGUGGAGAAAUCCAAUUCAUUCCAGAUUCUGAAUAAUCAGGAGGGUCUCAAUCUGUCAAAGGAGGGGGGAGAAGGAAGCAGUGUGGGUGGCCUAAUUAUCCCUCACAAUGGGGAUAAAUGCAAUGCAAGAUUUUUGAUAGAAGGAAUUAGUGAUCAUUGUCCUGCAAAGAUGACUUUUACAGAGGAAAGGCAGAGGAGUAGGAGAUCCUUUCAAUUAUGUAAUGUGUGGACACAACAUCCACAAUUCAUGAGUAUAGUCAAAGAGGGUUGGAACUAUAAUGUGAAAGGAUGCAAAAUGUUUACAGCUGUUAAAAGACUGAAGAUGUUAAAGAGGGGAUUGAAAACUCUAAACACACAGGCUUUUCAUAACAUAGUGACUGAAGCAAAUGAGGAUAGGAACACAUUGAAACCGAUCCAAGUUCAGCUGCAGAGAUGUCCUACUAAUGUGGAAUAUCAACAAGCUGAAAUUAGUGUUUACCAAAAGUUCAGGCAGUCAUCUUAUCUAGCUGAAGUGUACUUACAACAAAGAAGUAAAGCAACACGGAUAAGAUUGGGAGAUGAUAAUAAUAAAUACUUCCAUUCAAUAAUCAAGCACAGAAAACUGAAGCAGGCAAUUACUCAGCUCAAGGACAACUCUGGUCUUUGGCAAACAGAUCCUGAUACAAUAGAUGGUAUAUUUGUUGAUUAUUAUAAAAAUUUACUAGGGAGGAAAGAAAUAGAAAGGGUGAGGGAUUUUAAUAGUAUAAUCAGAAAUGGGAACAGGCUAUCAGAAGCUCAACAACUAGAAAUAAUGCAAUUUUUUUUGGAAAGAGAAGUGAAGCCGACUAUGUUUCAGAUUGAUAAUAAUAAGAGUCCUGGUCCUGAUUGA